GGGCAACGCAACUUCACAUGGACUGUGAUCUCAGCGGAAGAGCACUGAAAGAGAAAUCUGGAAGGAAGCGAAGAGACAACGGCCGGAGAGAAUUCCCUUAAAUUCUCGAUUCCCCCUUCUCUUUCCUCCGGCGGACUGCGAGGAAGUAGUAGCAGUAGAAAGUUAGGCGGUGGAACUGGAAAGAGCUGGCGUCUUUCAGUCCGAAGCGAGUCAUGGCGGAGCUGAGGCAUUCGAGCUCGCUUGGCGCCAGGGCUACUGCUACUUCGUCUCCGAUGAAGCGCGAAGAGAAGGACGCUUCCCCUCUCCUCCUCCACCACGACAAACCCCCUGCGGCCGUCAAAGACGACGACGAUGACGACGGUCGCCGCCACCAUUUCGCCAGGGAUCGCGACCGUCCCUUCUGGUCCAAUCUUGUCCCAUUUCUAAGCGACGACCCUAGGUUUUCGUCUCAGAACUCCAGGAUCUCCAUGAUUCUGAUCGGCGUCGUCGCUUUCGCCGGAUUGAUCUCCAUCUUCUCAAUCUUCCACCGCUUGAAUGCUCCUUACUUGUGUAAAAAGGAUGGCAUUGUGCUCCAUUGCCCACAUGUCAAGGAGUCUUCUUCCCUCUGGGAAAAUCCCUUAUCUGCAACAACUUCUUGGAAGCCUUGUGCUGAGCGUCGUGAUGGUGGAAAUUCAGAUGUUCCUCGUGAGAAUGAAACAAACGGUUAUAUCUUCAUCCAUGCUGAGGGUGGCUUGAACCAGCAAAGAAUUGCUAUAUGCAAUGCAGUGGCUGUAGCAAAAAUAAUGAAUGCCACUCUGAUUUUGCCCGUAUUGAAGCAGGAUCAGAUCUGGAAAGACCAGACGAAAUUUGAAGACAUUUUUGAUGUUGAUCAUUUCAUUGAUUAUUUGAAGGAUGACGUGCGCAUUGUUCGUGACAUACCUGAGUGGUUUACGGACAAAAAUGAGUUGUUCACAAGCAUAAGGCGGACAGUGAAGAAUAUUCCAAAAUAUGCACCAGCCCAGUUCUACAUUGAUAAUGUCUUGCCUCGGAUCAAGGAGAAGAAGAUAAUGUCACUGAAGCCAUUUGUUGAUCGACUUGGGUAUGAUAAUGUGCCUCAAGAAAUCAAUAGGCUGAGGUGCAGGGUUAAUUAUCACGCACUGAAAUUUCUCCCACAUAUAGAGCAGAUGGCUGAUCUGUUAGUUUCAAGGAUGAGGAACCGCACAGGAAGUCCAAAUCCGUAUAUGGCUCUCCAUCUUAGAUUUGAGAAAGGGAUGGUCGGUUUAUCCUUUUGUGAUUUUGUGGGGACGAGAGAUGAGAAAGUUAAGAUGGCUGAGUAUAGGAAGAAAGAAUGGCCUAGGCGUUUUAAGAAUGGUUCCCAUUUAUGGCAACUGGCUCUUCAGAAGAGAAAGGAAGGACGGUGCCCCCUUGAACCAGGCGAAGUAGCAGUGAUACUUCGAGCAAUGGGUUAUCCGAAGGAAACUCAAAUAUAUGUAGCUUCCGGGCAGGUCUAUGGCGGACAAAACCGAAUGGCUCCACUCAGAAACAUGUUCCCGAAUCUGGUGACGAAGGAGGAGCUAGCUGUUAGUGACGAGUUGACGAGUUUUAGGAAACACGUGACAAGCCUGGCAGCUCUUGACUUCUUGGUGUGCUUGAAGUCCGACGUCUUUGUCAUGACUCACGGUGGCAACUUCGCCAAGCUGAUCAUCGGAGCACGUAGGUACAUGGGUCACCGUCAGAAGUCCAUAAAGCCAGACAAGGGGCUCAUGUCGAAAUCCUUUGGGGAUCCAUACAUGGGAUGGGCAACGUUCGUGGAGGACGUGGUGGUGACUCAUCAGACGAGAACCGGGUUGCCGGAGGAGACUUUCCCCAACUAUGACCUCUGGGAGAAUCCUCUGACCCCAUGCAUGUGUAAAGCUUAGACAAAAAAAAUUUCUUCCUACCCAAAAGACUGAUUUUGCAUGAAAGGUUAAACAGUGGGAGCCAUUGAACACGGGAGAGCGAGUAAGCAUAACUGAGAAGAUGAGGAGGUGAGGGAGGCUGCACCAUCUGUUGUAAGUUCUUUUGGUCUCAGUUGCAGUGUCUCAUAAUAGUUAGUAUUCUCUCACAGGCAAGCCUCCUCCUGUGUAAGGCCGUGCCUUGAAAAUGGAUCGGGUUUAACAAAGUUGAUGAAACAGUCUGUAUUCAAUGUUUCAAACAAAGACUAGAGAGAGUAUAACAUGUUUUUACCUUGAGUUUCAUGUACUAACCUUUCAUACUGUGUAAAGUACAGAAUUCCCAACUUCCCCUAUCUCCAAUCUAAAGUCUGAACCAAGUUCCCUGAUGUCACUACUCAAUUACUCAUCACUUCCAUACUGUAU